AUGGCUGAGGCCAGUAUUUCAGUAGAUCAGGAUGAGUUCAGCUGUCCAGUGUGCCUGGAUCUCCUGAAGGAACCAGUGACUAUCCCCUGUGGUCACAGUUUCUGUAAGGUGUGUAUUAAUGGCUGCUGGGAUCAGGAGGAUCAGAAGGGCGUCUACAGCUGUCCUCAGUGCAGAGACACUUUCACUCCAAGGCCUGUUCUACGCAGAAACAACAUGCUGGCUGAAGUGGUGGAGAAACUGAAGAAGAAGACUGAAGUCCAAGCUGCUUCUCCUGCUCACUGUUACGCUGGACCUGGAGAUGUGGAGUGUGAUUUCUGCACCGGGAGAAAACACAAAGCCAUCAAGUCCUGUCUGGUGUGUGUGGCUUCUCUUUGUGAAAAUCAUUUUAAACCUCAUCUUGAAAUUCCUGCUUUGAAAAAGCAUACAGUAGUUGAAGCCUCAACAAAUCUACAAGAGAAGAUCUGCUCUGAACAUAACAAGCUAACGGAGAUUUAUUGUCGUACUGAUCAAUGCUGCAUCUGUUAUCUGUGUGUAAUGGAUAAACACCAAGGACACGACACUGUCAGAGCCGCAGCAGAAAGAGCUGAGAAACAGAAUCGGCUCCAGGAGAAGCAGAUGAAAUUCCAGCAGAGAAUCCAGGAGAAGCAGAAGAAGGUGCAGGAGCUGAAACAGACUGUGAACACUAUAAAGCUCAGUGCACAGACAGCAGUAGAUGACAGUGAAAGGAUCUUUACUGAGAUGAUCAGCUCCAUGGAGAAAAAGCGCUCGGAGGUGACGGAGCUGAUCAGAGCUCAGGAGAAGGCUGAACUGAGUCCAGCUGAACGACUCCUGGAGCAACUGGAGCAGGAGAUUGCUGAUCUUCAGAGGAGAGUCACUGAGCUGGAGCAGCUUUCACACACACACGAUCACAUCCAUUUCCUCCAGGCUUUAGCUUCUGGAGAUCAAUCUCCUACAUUAGACAGACCGGAGUUGGUCACAUCCAGCAUCACUGUCACUCAUUUCCUCCAGGCUUUAGCCUCUGGACGUCUGUCUCACGCAAUGCAAAGACCAACUUUUCACAUGAAAAGCAUCACUGUCAAUCAACACCUCUCGUUUGAUGGAGUGAAGAAUUCUCUCUUGGACCUAAAAAAGAGAUUGGAGGAAUUCUGUGAGGAGGAAUUCAACAAAAUCCCUCCACAUGCUGCAGCAGUUCAGAUCAUUUCACCACCAGAGCCACAGGCCCAAUUAAAGAAGAGCUGGGAUGUGUCAACAACAUCUGCUGAUGGAGAGAAAUGCAUUGUCCAGUCUGAACUGCAGAUGCGUUACCCUGUGACCAGUAUGCCAGACACUGUGAGGUUCCAGUUCACAGUCACCUAUCGUCCAGGGUCUAAGAAUGGUAAAGCUGACGCUCUCUCCAGGCAACAAGAAAUCAGAAAUGUAAUUACUCACCCAGAACCCAUUCUUUUAUCCACCCUUAUCCUGGCACCGAUCCAAUGGAACCUGGUAGAGGAGACCCAAUGCGCUCACGCACAAGAUCCUCCUCCAGCUGCGUGUUCUUCUUCCAAGCUGUACGUCCCCGCAUCCUUCCGCCGUCAGCUGUCCUCUGACACUUUCACUCCAAGGCCUGUUCUAUGCAGAAACAACAUGCUGGCUGAAGUGGUGGAGAAACUGAAGAAGAAGACUGAAGUCCAAGCUGCUUCUCCUGCUCACUGUUACGCUGGACCUGGAGAUGUGGAGUGUGAUUUCUGCACCGGGAGAAAACACAAAGCCGUCAAGUCCUGUCUGAUGUGUGUGGCUUCUCUUUGUGAAACUCACCUGAAACCUCAUCUUGAAAUUCCGGCUUUAAAAAAGCACAAGUUAGUCGAAGCUUCUGGAAAUCUACAAGAGAAGAUCUGCUCUGAACAUGAUAAAGCGCUGGAGAUCUGCUGUCGUACUGACCAAAGAUGUAUUUGCUCUUUGUGCAUGUUGGAUAAACAUAAAGGCCACAACAUUGUCUCAGUUAAAGCUUACAGAACUGAAAAAGAGAGUGAGUUAAAGGAGGAUCAGAUGAAAUUCCAGCAGAGAAUCCAGGAGAAGCAGAAGAAGGUGCAGGAGCUGAAACAGACUGUGAACACUAUAAAGCUCAGUGCACAGACAGCAGUAGAUGACAGUGAGAGGAUCUUUACUGAGAUGAUCAGCUCCAUGGAGAAAAAGCGCUCGGAGGUGACGGAGCUGAUCAGAGCUCAGGAGAAGGCUGAACUGAGUCGAGCUGAACGACUCCUGGAUCAACUGGAGCAGGAGAUUGCUGAUCUUCAGAGGAGAGUCACUGAGCUGGAGCAGCUUUCACACACACAUGAUCACAUCCAUUUCCUCCAGGCUUUAGCUUCUGGAUGUCAGUCUCCUCCAAUUAUCAGACCCAGUUUUGACACAUCCAGCAUCUCUGUCCCUCAACAUCUGUCAUUUGAUGGAGUGAGGAAUUCUCUCUCAGAUCUGAAGAAGAGACUGGAGGAAUUCUGUGAGGAGGAAUUCAACAAAAUCCCUCCACAUGGUAAGAGGAGCUGCUCCUGCUGGAGAAACACAAUGAUGGACAGACACAGAGCAGAGAAGACAGUUCAGAUCAUUUCACCACCAGAGCCACAGAGCAGAGAAGAGUUUCUGAAAUAUUUCUGUUAUUUGAAGCUGGAUCCCAACACGACACAUCCUAACCUCAUUCUGUCUGAGAAGAACAGAGUGGUGAGAGUCAGUAAGACUGAGCAGUCAUACUCUGAUCAUCCAGAGAGAUUUGAUUCAAUCUGGCAGGUGUUGAGUAAGGAGAGUGUGUGUGGACGCUGUUACUGGGAGGUGGAGUGGAGUCGUGAUGAUGUCUAUAUUUCAGUUUCAUAUAAAGACAUCAGCAGGAAAAGAUGUGGUAAGGAGUGUGAGUUUGGACUCAACAAUCAGUCCUGGAGUCUGGAGUGUUCUAAUAAAUCAUUUCUUUCCAUCUUUCACAACAACAUUCAGACUGGUCUCAGAGUUCCAUCAUCCUCCAGAAUAGGAGUUUAUGUGGAUCACAGUGCAGGAACUCUGUCCUUCUACAGCGUCUCUGACACCAUGAAGCUCCUCCACAGAGUCCACACCACAUUCACUCAGCCUCUACAUGCUGGGUUCAGGCCCUACAGGGGAUUUGGUUCUACUGUGAGACUGUGUGAUCCAAAAUAA